AUGUAUCAUACCUCGUGGCUGAACACACUAGCUGGCGAAGAGUAUGGUCGCGUUUGGGCUUGGGGUAACCGACCAUCCCAAAAAGGCGACUAUGAGCGAGCGAGUCCUUGCGCCAUGUCGGAUCUGCCUCAAAGCUACCUCGAGCCAGUUCUGAUCGAAGAAGCCACGAGGCACGGUGCCGAGUUCCGAUUUUACACUGAAUUCGUGCGUUUUGAGAAGAUAGCUGACGUAAUCGUUACGACUAUGCGAAACAGAUCGACCGGAGAGGAGUACAACAUAACAUCCAGCUAUCUAAUCGGAGCAGAUGGCGCCCGGAGCGCUGUGUUGCAGGCUCUCAAGAUACCAGUACUUGGCCGCCAGCUCAACACUGCCUUCAACAUCCAUAUCAAAGCCGACCUAUCUAAGUACAUUCAGCAUCGACCAGGAAGCCUCAACUGGGUACUGAAUCCCGUUGCGCCAGAGUGGUCGGCUGUGGGUAAUUUUCGCAUGGUCAGGCCUUGGACGGAGUGGGUGGUGUCGAUGCACCCAGCGACGAAGGACAAGAACAGCUCUCAGCCAACCGAGGACGCCAUUCUGAAGCGGCUGUACCAGAUGAUUGGCGACGACUCGAUUGAUAUCGAAAUAUUGUCCUCGUUUUCUUGGACAAUCAAUGAUCAAGUUGCUGAGAGUUGGCAAAGCGGCAGGGUGCUGUGUAUCGGCGACGCGACACAUAGGCAUCCCCCUAUAAACGGACUCGGCAGCAACACGUGCAUAUCAGACGCUUUCAACAUCUCCUGGAAGUUGGCUUAUGUUAUCAAAGGCUUAGCUUCACCAUCUCUCCUUGAUACCCUUACGGUCGAGCGCAAGCCUGUAGGCGACAGCAUCGUCCGCCGCGCGAACGAUGGAAUGGAGGCGCAUCGAACACUUUGGGCACUUAUUGGCCUGGAUAAUUCGUCCAGGAAGAAGGCCACCGAUCUGCUCAAGUCCGACUCGACAGAAGGAGAGAAGAUGCGCGAUCAGUUUCGAGAGGCACUGGAAGCUACCGAGGAUGAAGUGCAAGCACUGGGCAUCCAAAUGAACCAGGUCUACCUGAACACAUCUGCAGUGGUGAUUGAAAGUGGGGAUAUUGCCCCGGAAUUCAACCAUAUAAACGCUUUGAGAGAGAUUAAGACCAGCACCUAUCCCGGGUAUCACCUUCCACAUGUCUGGCUAGCAGCCAAUGGGCAAGCAAAAAGACUCUCAAGUCUGGAUCUCUGUGGACGAGGGUCUUUCACAUUACUCACAGGCGUCGGCGGCGAUGCUUGGCUACAUGCAGCGAAGGAGGUUUCGGACAUGAGUGGUGUAUUCGUUCGCGCCUAUAAGAUCGGCUUUGGAGGCGACUACAUGGACGCAUACCGGGAGUGGUAUCAAGUGAGAGGUGUCGGGGAGAGAGGGGUUGUGUUGGUAAGGCCUGACCACUUCGUUGGCUGGCGCUGCGUGGAUUUAGUGGCGAACCCAACCGCGAAGCUUUCGGAAGUGUUGCAGCAGAUUAUGGGCAGGGCAUAG